GAGAAUGAUUUAAUGAUGGAUUCAGCUAAGCCCAGUGUGAUCUAAUAGAUCUAAUCUGAUUGACCGCUCACUGCCUUGGGAACACCAAUAAACAUCAGGAUGGGGCACAUACAGCCUCAGAUUUGCCAACAUGGGUUUGUGGUUGUGUUCCUUCUCUUGUCCUUGCCUUGGAAGGGUGCUGACUGUCAACUGGAGGGUUACAGACUAAAUGCCCAGCGGUCAGUGUCAGUGGAAUCUUGUCUGUGUGUGGAAAUUCCCUGUACAUUUACCAUUCCUUUAUAUAGAACUUUAUCUACAAGUGUCACAGGGAUGUGGAGGAGAACAGACAUUAGUGACAUUGUUGCCUCUACAGAUGCCUCUAAGGUUUCUCAGAGAACAAAAGGCAGAUUCACCUUGACUGGGAAAGUACAUAAAGGAGACUGUUCAUUCUCUAUCAGCAAUGCACAACCAGAGGAUCAAGGAGAAUAUGUAUUCCAAUUUGAAGAUGGAGACCAUAAAUAUUCCUAUAGUUCAUACAAGCUCAAUGUGAUUGUGACAAAAGCUGACAGUCAAACACCAAGUUAUACUCUAUGUGCCCAGCGGUCAGUGUCAGUGGAAUCUGGUCUCUGUGUGGAAAUUCCCUGUACAUUUACCUUUCCUUCAUAUAGAAAUUUAUCUACAAGUGUCACAGGGAUGUGGAGUAGACCAGACAUUAGUGACAUUGUUGCAGCCUCUACAGAUGCCUCUAAGGUUUCUGAGAGAACAAAAGGCAGAUUCACCUUGACUGGGAAAGUACAUGAAGGAGACUGUUCAUUCUCUAUCAGCAAAGCACAACCAGAGGAUCAAGGGACCUAUGUAUUUAGAAUUGAAGAUGGAGACAUUAGAUAUUCCUAUAUGUGGAACAAGCUCAAUGUGACAGUGACAAAUCUACCAGAACCGACUAUAUCCCCUGUGGGGAAGCUGAUCGCUGGGAAGCAAAUAACACUGACGUGUACGUCUCAUCCAGCAUCUCAAGGGUGCAAGGGAAUCAUCACAUGGGAAGGAAGGAGAAACAUAGAGAACACAACUAACUAUGAGAGGAAGGAUGAGGCUGGGAAAAUCACCUCUAUAUCAGUUAUAAGAUUUACUCCAUCCCAGAGAGAUCACAAGAGCUCACUAACAUGUACAGUGACUUACAGUGGGGUCUCCACUAACAGCAGCAUCACCCUGGAUGUUGAGUCUCUCCCACAGGACAAUCACCUUAAAAUAUUAAUGAUACGUGGAAUUUCCAUCAUGGUCCUCUCUGGUAUUAUAGCAGGGUCAGCAGUUUUGGUGAUGAGAUGCAGGAAAAAGAGAAGGCCACCAAAAAAGACUGAAGACAAUCAAAGAUCAUCGGCAAAAAAUUAUCAAGUGGUUUAUUAUAAUACAGAAUAAGAAUGGCAACUGAUCCGAGUCAAUAGUUCUUGCCCUUUGGCUUGCAGCCCAGUUGGAUCACUCUGUUCAAGUACAGGAAAUUCUGUAGUUUUGUCAAUUCAAUUUAUGAUAUGAAUACUGGCACAUUUAGAUAAUGUUUCAUUAAUGUUUAAGGAGAUUUUAUAUUUAUACUUUGUGCUCUACAGAAAAUAACACAUAUUUGGAAGCAUUGGUUGGUGUGUGUCUCUGUAUAUACAGUAUUCAAUGCAAAUCAGUAAAUUGGCUGUCCAUUCAUAUAAUAACUUCAAUUUAUUACAUUACAUACAUUAGAUAGGUUUAAAAAGGGGUUGGGUGUUAUUUAGCAAGUGAGGGA